CGUCACCGUCACAACCUCACCGUCACAGCAUCACCGUCACAACAUCACCGUCACAGCAUCACCGUCACAGCAUCACCAUCACAACAUCACCGUCACAGCAUCACCGUCACAGCGUCACCGUCACAGCAUCACCGUCACAGCGUCACCGGUACAACAUCACCGUCACAGCAUCACCGGUACAUCAGUCUUCAUUCAUUGCUUUCGGUAAAGUAUCCCCGCCCCUAGUGUUUCAGCCCCCAGUGUUCCAGCCCCCAGUGUUCCAGCCCCCAGUGUUCCAGCCCCCAGUGUUUCAGCCCCCAGUGUUCCAGUCCCCAGUGUUUCAGCCCCCCAGUGUUUCAGUCCCCAGUGUUUCACCCCCAGUGUUUCAGCCCCCA